CCCUACCGUUUUAGGAGGAGAAGAGACAGAAGGCAGUAACUGCAGCGAGAGAUCGCAGAGACGGAGAGAGAUUUGGUGGGUUGGUGCGUUUCUCCCUCUUCCCCUCUUUUUAAAAAUCUAACCGUUGAGCCUGUAAGUGACUUACAGGGAAGUGACUUCCCACCCCCAUCCCCCUGCAGUUUUUUGGUAGAUUUGCCUGUAAGUGACUUACAGGUGAAUUUUCUCCCCCAAACACCACCUGUAAGUGACUUCCCUGUAAGUCACUUCCCACUUACCCAACUUACAGGCAUCCAAACAGGCCCCUAGUCUCUCUCUCUCUCUCUCUCUCUCUCUCUCUCUCUCUCUCUCUCUCUCACAGAAACCAUAGAAAAGAGAAAAAGAUGUUCUACUCUCAUAGCUUUCUCGCCAGGAAAAGCCCUCUUGGAACGAUUUGGAUAGCUGCUCAUCUCCAGCACAAGCUCCGCAAAUCCCAUGUCGUUGUCACUGAUAUCUCUUCAUCCGUCGAUCGCAUCAUGUUUCCUGAAGUCCCAAUUGCGCUGAGGUUAUCGGGUCAUCUUCUACUGGGUGUUGUCAGAAUAUACUCAAAGAAGGUUGACUAUCUUUACCAUGAUUGCAAUGAGGUCCUGACCCAUCUCGGGGCUGCAUUUGCCUCGAUACAAGUGAAUUUGCCAGAAGAUGUGAACCAUGCGUCGUUUCACUCUGUCACGCUGCCAGAGUCCUUUGAACUUGAAGCAUGGGACUUGGAUGACACAAUAUGCCGGACCCAGGCCCCGGAUAAUCAUCUCAAAACUCUUGAGGAGAUCACCAUCACAGGUAUAAGCUUCAUGCGUCGCAUUCAUGAUAUUGUCUUUGUCAAUUUCUUCACAUGGUGUGUAUUUUUCAGAGAUGAAUGCUUGGGGUUGUGCAUGCAGAUCAGAUCCUGGGUGAAGGAGAUCAAUAUGUCACUAUUUUUAUCGGAUAUUAUGAUGGACACAUCUCCAGUAGACCUUCCAAACCCCGGUGCUGGACCAAUGGAAGAAGAUGUCGUCCCUCCACUUUCAGGGUCCAAUGGUGUGGGCAAUACGGGUUCUGGCCUGAGUAAUCCUGCUGAAGAAUCCAACCAGAAGCUUUAUGAUGACCGUUUCCAUGAAGAUCUUCUGGAGAUCGAGAACCCUCGGGAUGCUGUACCUCCUGAGUCAGGAAACAUUCCAGAGUUCCCAGAUUUCGAUGACAACACUGUUGAACAGCACGAGCCUUUUGAUCCAACCUUGAAUCAGAAAGAGAUCCUUUCUCCCAUUACGGAAGGAGUCUUAGCGUCUGGAGGAGAAUCUCUGCCAUCUCGGCUGCACCCAACACCGCCUACUGCUGGAUCUGCAGGGGAACCUGAAAAUUUUGAUCCGAGUAUUUCUUUCGGUCAUGAAUUACCUGAAAUGGUAUUACAACCGACUCCGCCUGUUGACAAGAAAAAAGCGAAGUUAAGGAAGAGAAAACAAUUCUUUGAUGAGUCCUUGGUAUUCACAAAUGAGUUCAUGAGAAAACAGCUUGUGGAUACUAGUAAAUUGGUGCAUAAACGUAAGAAACUCCCUGUGUCGGCUCUAGAUGUUUGGAGAUUCCACAAGAUCCGUCAAAUGGAGCAUGUCUUUCUUGAGCCUUCAUUUUCUGGAAUGUCUGCUGACCUUCAGGAAGUUUUCAAGAAGACUUACACUGCUUCGACAGUCGAUCCUACUCCCACAGCAGCUCCUCCGGAACCCAGGAAUGCGGAAUCUCCUAAUGGCAUGCCUGCCUCAGAUAUGGAAAUUGAACAUCCUUGGUUUCAGGAAGAUCACUUUGAUGGUCCUUUACCUGAAUUCAUGCCAUCUCCGUCUGGUAGAGAAGAAACAACACCGUUCCCUGCCAGCAAUUUGGGGUCAGUGUCUCAAUUAGGAAGGCCUCAGGAGACUGAACUACUGCCAACACCAGAAUUGUCAGGCUAUGCUGAUCCGGCUGACCCUGAGUCUCAAACACGUACGGUUCCUUCAGAAGAGAGACUACCUCUACGGGACACUAAUCUCUCAUGCAUACCAGAUUUGCUGAAUUCUGCAGAAUCACCGGUUCCUUGUCUAAGGGAACAACUAUCUGUAGGGGAAGCUGGUGACCCUUGGAGUUCAAAUAUGCUGAAUUCUGCAGAAGCAGAAGAGCUAAAUUUUUUGGAAGCAGAUAACAGUAACGCACAAUCUGGUGGGCGCGCAGAAAGUGAUGUCAAUUCAUUGUCUGUGAGGACCAGGGCUGUGGCUCAAUAUCUGAAAAAUCAAUCUCCUGCAACUCAAAUUUCAAAAGGCCAGUCAGGACAUCUGAGCUUGAACAGGAUCCUAGAAGGGAAAACAAGGAAACAGUGUGCAAGAAUGUUUUUUGAAACACUGGUUUUAAAGAGUUAUGGGUUCAUCGAUGUGCGACAAGAAGAAGCUUAUGGUGAUAUUACCCUAUUGCUGACACCAACACUCUCCAAAGCAAAAUUCUGAAGCAAUUUAUGCUUCUUGGCAUCCCUUCAUGUUGAGAGGUGUGCCAUGCAUCCUUAAAAAGUUUCAGGAAGUUUUGGGGAUGUUGCUAACUUGACUUUACAGGUGAAGGUGGAGAGUUUGGUUUCUACAGCAGUAUAAGGACAGUCCCACCAAGAGGCCUUUUUUAUUUAUGUAUUAUUUUCUUUUUUCUUUCCUUCUUUCUUUUGGGUAGGCAAGCUGGGCUUGAACCCGAGACCUCAAGGUUGAAACUCGGACUGUUACCAUUCAGCUGCAGAUUCGACCCACUUUAGUUUAACUCAAGAGAGCUGUCUUUCCGAUGGCAAACUCAAGUUAGCACGUUUCCUACUUUUUGCCACAAUGGGUAUGGCUACUUGUAAUUAAUGUAAUUAGCUGUUCUUUUCUUAAUAGAAUUAAGGUGUGUUUUGCAGACGUGUAGUUCAUCUCAUUUUUAGUUAAUUGUAAUUAUGAAUCAGAGAUC